GAUCUUUCCGCGCGAAUAUGUAGAUACCACUUGUGGGAUAAUAAGCAUGCUACCUUAUCAGAUAUGUUCCUGUGUGAACAGGAAUUGAGAAUCUACUUCUGCGGAUAAAGUAGAUUAGCGCCUGACAAGACUUCUUCUUACCUGCACCAUGACAUCCGUAUUCUCGAUUUCUUCGUCUGUUAAGCUAUCUACGGGCAAGCCGAACGCAUCAUACGCAAAUCGAGGCUCACUUUUCCUGUAGGCUAUCUUAUGCCCGUAUUAGGCUUUGGAGUGUACCAGAAUUACGACGCGAGAACUUCUUGUCUUGAAGCUUUCAAGGCAGGAUACAGGCACGUCGAUUCCGCUCAGAUGUACAGGAAUGAAGCUGCUGUUGGGGAAGCAGUUCGUGAAAGCGGCAUCAACAGGUCGGACCUCUUUAUCACAACAAAAUGUGCUUCUCGCAGUCAUGGAUACGAGAGUACAUUGAGCGGUGUAGAUGAGUCCUUGAGCAAGCUUCAAUUCGAUUACAUCGAUCUUUUCCUCAUUCAUGACCCUCUGUCAGGAUCAGAGAAACGUCUCGCAACUUACAAGGCCCUGCAGGAAUGCAAAACAGCCGGAAAAAUCAGGACUGUAGGGGUCUCAAACUAUAACGUCAAGCAUCUUGAGGAAAUUCGAAAUGCUGGCUACGAUUUGCCUGCGGUGAACCAGAUCGAGCUUCAUCCAUUUUGCCAGCAAAAGCCGAUCGUAGAAUACUGUCUAAAGAAUUCUAUCGUGGUUCAGGCGUACUGUCCAAUUAUUCGAGGAAAAAUGGAUCAUGAGGUCUUCAAUUCGAUAUCAGUCAAGCACAAUCAUGAUCCUGCACAAGUCUUGAUUCGUUGGUCUCUUCAGAAAGGUUUUGUACCCCUGCCCAAGAGUGCUACACCGUCCCGCAUUCAUUCCAAUGCUCAGGUGUUUGAUUUUGAACUAGAUGCAGAUGACAUGGCGCGCAUAGAUGCACUUGACCAGGGCAAACAAGGAGCCAUUAGUUGGAAUCCUGUGGAUGCCGACUAGGAAGCAUUCUUUACUUCAUGUACCAUAUAUCCUACUUGGCAAAAUGUUCAAUCUUGGAGUGUGUCUUUCGAGGGUGUACUUUCAGAAUUAUGUG